AUGAAUGUCUCUACAAGUUUGAGAGUGCGCCUGCCGGUGCUCGUGCUGGUGUUGGAGGUUGCCAUGAUGGUUAUGUAUUUUUUCUUCGUCACUUAUGAUGACAAUGCCAAUGCGAAGCUGCAGAACAAUGAGACCAACCCAAUGGAGAACUCCAUGUAUCGGGACUAUCCCUACUUUGCCGACGUGCAGGUGAUGAUCUUCAUAGGUUUUGGCUGCCUACUCGCCUUUUUCCGAUUCUACGGCUUCAGUGGAAUGGUCUUCAACUUUUUAACAGCUACAUUUUCAAUCCAAUGGGCCAUCCUGAUUCAAGGUUUCUUCCAGUUUUAUUACAAUGGUCAAAUUCACCUGGGGGUGGUCAACCUGCUGAAUGCGGAGUUUGCCUGUGCUGUGGUGCUCAUCUCGUUUGGAGCUGUGCUCGGAAAGACCAGUCCUGUUCAGCUCCUGGUUAUGGCCUUGCUGGAGAUCCCUGUCUUUGCUGUGACAGAGUGGGCUGUAUUGAAAUACAUUAGAAUCACUGAUGCAGGAGGCUCUAUUCUUAUUCACUUGUUUGCCUGCUACUUUGGUCUUGGAGUGACAUUUGUUCUGUUCCGCCCGAGCCUGAAUAAUGGACAUCCGAAAGAGACCACCAGUUAUCAAUCUGAUAUGCUAUCUGUCAUGGGAACCCUGUUCCUUUGGGUGUUCUGGCCAUCAUUCAAUUCUGCUCUGACCUUAAAGGGUGAUGAUCAACACAGAGCAGUUCUCCACACUUUUAUAGGUCUGACCUCCUCCACGAUGACGGCUUUCGCCCUAUCUGCAGUGUUUAACAAGAGAGGGAAGCUCACAAUGGCUGACAUUCAGAAUGUGACUUUGGCAGGUGGUGUGACUGUUGGUGCAACUGUAGACAUGAUGAUUUAUCCUGUCACUGCAUACGCCCUGGGCAUCAUUGGCUGUACUGCCUGUUUUCUUGGCUACAGAUACCUGACUCCCUUUUUAGCCCAACGUUUGAGGAUCCAAGACCAGUGUGGAAUUCACAAUCUCCAUGGGAUCACUGGCCUGAUAUCAUCCACAGCAGGAAUCUGUGCUAUCCUCUUAGCUAAAGAGGAAACAUACGGGCCAAGCAUGUACCAGAUCUUCACCCAUCGUGCUCCACCUGCUGGAGAUCCAAGGCUGCUGGAGCUGCAGAGGUUGAUUCCUGGACUGAAGCCGGGCUUGGGUCGUACUGCACAGGAACAAGCUCUCUUCCAGGUUGCAGCUAUUUUCUCUACCAUAGCAGUUGCUGCAGUGGGUGGGCUGCUCACUGGCUUGGUCCUGAAGUUGCCCUUCUUGGCGUCCCCAGAUGACGAGGACUGUUUCGAUGAUGAGCUUUUCUUUGACAUGCCAUCAGACUUUGAGAGCGUAUUCCUCAAGACCCCAGUAACCUGUGAUGAAAAUGGGCUGCCUAUGAAUACAAUAAACCGCAAAAUCAAUUACUUCACGUUCCUGUUUACACUCCGAGACAGCGGAGGCAGCAGAGGGGAGGAGAACAGGAAAGAGGCUCCGAGCAGGAGGAUGAAGAGGAGGACGGACUCCCAUAGUGCUGUGCACUGCCAACAUCCCCAUGUCAUCACCGUGCGAGGCGACACAUCAUCGAGUCUGCGUGUAGACGUGGACGUGUCGGGUUCAGACACAUCAGAGGAUGCGUGCGACGCUCUGUUCGUUACGAGUCUCUGA